UCAGUACACUAUAGACAGGCAUUGUCUGCGUGCAUCGCGGUCUGCGUCUGUUAUUUUCCUAUCAGUUUUGUUUUAUGUGAUAAAAAUUGCUUUUAUACCGUAGAAAUUGUUACAACAAGUUACUAAAAUGUCCUACAAUAAACAACAUAACACAAGAUUCGCGGGGCGGUACAACACGCCUGGACAAUUUGUACCUGCAGCUGAGCCGCUGGCGGGCGCGGCGCGGGCGGCGGGGGGCGGCCGGCCGGCGCAUGAUAAGCUCUCUGACUCUACAUUCGGGCCUCGCAAGCAGCAGCAGCAGCAGAACCUGCAACCAGUGCAGGUCAGCCAGAUGACUAAUAAUCAGCCUCAGCCGCAGAAUAAGAACGAGGAGGUGAAGAUGGACACCGACAACACAGCGAUGGCCAAGGACAACGAGGACAGCGGCCCCGUGCGCCCGCACUGGAUGAAGAGCAAGCUGCCUGGAGUGAAGAAAGUGAGCAACAAGGAGCGUCGGCGUCGACAGAAUGAGAACCUGCGGCGCCUGCUGACGCCCAAGAACGCGCUCAUGGUGCUCAACGAGAUGAUGCCCAACGAACAGGUCGCUAAUCAAUUCAAAGUGGAGCCGUCUGCCACGAACCAGUACUACAAGACUCCAAAUGCGCACAACUUCUGUGCAGACCUCACUAUAGACGGCAACAACUACAAAGGAUAUGGUGACAACAAGCUGAUGGCGCGCAACGCGGCGGCCGAGCAGGCCAUACGAGACCUCAUCAUCAAGAAGAUGAACAAAGUCAUCAACAGUGAUGGCGGUCAGUCGCUGAACGCGAGCGAGGCGGGCUCGGCGUCGGGCGAGUGCGACGACGAGGCGCUGCCCAUGAUCCAGCUCGCCAGCUUCGCGCUGCACAAGCUCUUCACCGAGUGGGAGUACGAGGGCCACAAGGUGCCGCAGCUCAAGCCGUCCGCGCUCUCGACGUCGGAGAGCGUGGAGCCGGCCGGCAAGAAGGCGAAGGAGCUGCCGCUGAACGCGGCGCACAUGCACCCCUGCAUGCUGCUCACCUACAUGCGGCCGCACCUCGAGUACCGCGAGCUGGCCGCCGACGGCGACCGCCCGCAGAACAUGCUCUUCACCAUGGGCGUCGAUGUCGACAACGCGACCUACAUCGGCAAAGCUUCCAACAAGAAGGAGGCUCGUAAGCUUGCGGCGAAGGCGGCGUGCCAGGCACUGUUCAACGUACAGUUCGCGCCCAACGCCGCCGCCAACACCCCCCUCCCCGCGCAGUAGCGCGGCCUCGCCCGCGGGCCCUGCCGGCCGCCCGGGCCCCGCGCCGGGCCCCGCCCCCGGGCCCCAC